AUGUCGGAAAAGGCGGUCGAGGAGAAUGUCAUCUCCUCUCAACCUUCCCAUGGCACCCCGGAGCAGGUCCGAGGGGACGACAUAGGGCACCAGAAAACCUUUGACGAUGUCAUCCACAAUGCUCAGAGAGCAACCGAAAAGGAGCACAAGAUGACCUUGUGGCAAGGCAUCAAGCUCUAUCCAAAAGCCGUUGGGUGGAGCAUCUUGAUCUCGACCUGCAUUGCCAUGGAGGGAUACGAUGUGUGUCUGUUGAGCAAUUUCUACGCGUUCCCUCAGUUCCAGAAGAAAUACGGCGAACAACUCCCUGACGGAAGUUAUCAAAUCCCGGCUCCGUGGCAGGCAGGUCUUAGCAACGGUGCCAAUGUCGGCGAAAUAAUUGGCCUUAUGAUCAACGGCUUGGUUUGCGAGCGUUUUGGCUACCGAUACACCCUCAUUGCUUGCCUGGCCCUCGUUGCCAUUUACACGGCGGUCUUCUUCACCGCACAGACUGUGGUCGCUCUCCAGGUCGCAGAGAUCCUCUGCGGAAUCCCCUGGGGCAUGUUCCAAGUCGCAACCAUCACCUAUGCAUCGGAGGUGUGUCCAGUGGCUCUCCGAGGGUAUCUUACGACCUAUGUAAACUUCUGCUGGGGACUGGGACAGGUGAUCGGGAUUGGGGUCAUUAAGUCGAUGCUCCCUCGAGACGAUCAGUGGUCAUACCGCAUACCUUAUGCGAUUCAGUGGGUGUGGCCGGCACCACUGAUAAUUGGAAUCUUCCUCGCACCAGAAUCGCCAUGGUGGCUUGUGCGCAAGGGCCGACUCGACGACGCCAAAAGAGCACUUCUUCGAUUGACUUCACUCAACCGCGAAACCGAUUUCGAUGCCGACGAAACCAUUGCGAUGAUGGUCCAUACAACCGCUUUGGAAGAAAAGAUCACGGCGGGUGCCACGUACUGGGAUUGCUUCAAAGGCACAGACUUGCGCCGGACCGAGAUUGUGUGCAUGGUCUGGGCGAUCCAGAACCUGUCCGGCAAUUCUUUCUCUGGAUACUCGACAUAUUUCCUAGAGCAAGCGGGUCUGGCCACGAGCAAAUCCUAUGACUUUGCCCUCGGACAGUAUGGAAUCAACAUGGGAGGGGUUUUCGGUGCCUGGUUCUUGAUGAGUCGGGGCAUCGGACGACGAUCCCUCUACCUCUACGGACUCUGUGGAUUGUUCUCCAUGCUGCUCAUCAUGGGAUUUUUGGGGCUGGUUCCUGAUUCCCACCGAGACUCGGCUGCGUUGGCUACUGGAUCGAUCAUGCUGGUCUGGGCACUCUGCUACCAACUGACGGUGGGCACGGUUUGCUAUUCUCUGGUUGCGGAGCUCUCCACCCGCCGUCUGCAGAUCAAGACUGUCGUACUGGGGCGCAACCUGUACAACGUCGUCGGAAUUAUCUGUUCCGUCUUGACACCGUACAUGCUCAACCCCGGUGAAUGGAACUGGAGCAACUACGCCGGCUUCUUCUGGGCGGGGAUCUGCUUCUGCUGCAUCAUCUACACAUACUUCCGUGUGCCAGAGCCUGCCGGUCGCAGUUUCGCAGAACUGGAUCUCUUGUUCGAGAGGGGGGUCAGUGCACGAAAGUUUGCGAGCACACACAUCGACGUCUUUGAGGAUUCUGUGGUCCAAGAAACUGUGGAGGGGACGGGCACCUUGAGGAACUAUGAGAACAAGAGGGGAAGCCUUGUGCAUGCAGUUAAGGGAGAAGAGACGAUGCCUCCGAGGCAAUUGAUUUGA